AUGUGCGUGCAGCGUGAGCGCGCACCCGUACCGAGCCUCCUCCUCGGCACAGGCACGGAGCAAGCUGCGUCUUCGCCGUGAUUGGGCGGAGGGCGGUGAUUCCUUCUGGCACGACUAGGGUAGACCCACCGGAGGGAUCCGGGUCCAGCUUUAACCGUCAGAGCGGACGUGGGUGAUGCUCCUCGCGAGUUAGGGGAGAAUAAAAAGCAAGAAAGGAGGGUUUCUUUGCAAGGAAGCCACCGACCACCUUUGUGUGUGUGUGUGUGUGUGUGUGUGUGUGCUGGGGGCUGCGGUAAAAGUCGGUGACCAUGCCGGUGUUUCACACCAAGACCAUCGAGAGUAUCCUGGAGCCGGUGGCCCAGCAGAUCUCUCACCUGGUCAUCAUGCACGAAGAAGGCGAGGUGGACGGGAAAGCCAUCCCGGACCUGUCCCUACCGGUGCAGGCGGUGCAGGCUGCAGUCAGCAACCUUGUGCGGGUUGGGAAGGAAACGGUACAAACCACCGAGGACCAGGUGAUGAAGAGAGACAUGCCCCCUGCGUUCAUCAAGGUGGAGAACUCAUCUUCUAAACUGGUCCAAGCGGCUCAGAUGCUGAAGACGGACCCCUACUCGGUCCCUGCUCGGGAUUACCUCAUCGACGGAUCCAGAGGGAUUUUGUCAGGCACGUCUGACCUGCUGCUUACAUUCGAUGAGGCCGAGGUGCGUAAGAUUAUCCGCGUGUGCAAAGGUAUUCUGGAGUAUCUGACAGUAUCUGAAGUGGUGGAGACUAUGGAGGACCUCAUCACGUACACUAAAAACCUGGGACCAGGGAUGACCAAGAUGUCAAAGAUGAUAGAGGAGAGACAACAGGAGCUGACACACCAGGAGCACAGACAGAUGCUCGUCAACUCCAUGAGCACGGUCAAAGAGCUGCUGCCCGUCCUGAUAUCAGCAAUAAAAAUUUUCGUGGCAACCAAGAGCGGGCGCGGCGCCGGCUUGGAGGAGGCCGAGAGGAACCGCCGCUUUACCUUUGAGAAGAUGAGCGGCGAGAUCACAGAGAUCAUCAGAGUUUUACAGCUCACCACGUGGGACGAAGACGCCUGGGCCAACAAGGAUAUGGAAGCACUCAAGAGAUCUUUGGUCUUGAUUGAAUCGAAGAUGAUCCAAGCGAAAAGUUGGCUGAAAGACCCGUACGGACAGCCAGGAGAACCGGGUGAGGUCGCAUUGCGUGUGAUUCUGGACGAGGCGGGAAAGGUGGGAGAACUUUGCGCUGGGAAGGAGAGGAAGGAUAUCUUGGCGACACACAAGGCUUUGGGACAAAUGACCGACCAGAUUGCAGAUCUUCGAGUCAGAGGCCAGGGUCCGAGCCAGGCGUGUGUGCAGCGUGCAAGCCAAUGCUCUCAGGGCUUAGACUUGUUAUUAGGCAAAGUGGAAAAUGCCGCUCGCAGACUGGAGGCUCUUAUCAAUGCCAAGCAAGCCAUCGCUAGGAGACUGGAUGCUGCCCAGGCCUGGUUGGCUGACCCGAAUGGCGGUCUGGAGGGUGAAGAGAACAUCAGGGCGCUCCUCGCAGAGGCCAAACGCAUUGCCGAGCUGUGUGAGGACCCCAAAGACCGGGACGACAUUCUACGUUCCAUCAGUGAGAUUGCAGGCCUCACCUCCAGACUUGUUGAGCUUCGCAAACAAGGGAAAGGUGACAGUCCGGAAGCCCGUGCCUUAGCAAAACAAAUUGGGGCGGCCCUACUGACCUUGCAGGCCAAGACCAACCGAGCUGUGGCCAACAUGAGGCCCGCCAAGCCUGCGGUCACUCUGGAGGGCAAAAUGGAGCAAGCGCUGCGCUGGGUCGCAAACCCCGGAGUGGAUGACAGAGGUGUAGAGUGUGAGAGACUAGAGUGGAACACAGGUCAGGCGGCUAUCAGAGGGAUGGUUGGAGAAGGCAGAAGGCUGGCAGGAGGCCUCUUGGGGCCGUACCGCCAGGACCUGAUGGGACGUUGUGACCGAGCAGAGGCUCUCAUGACAUCCUUGGCAGACAUGGCUGGUAGGGGGGAAGCCGAGGCCCCGCAGACUCGGGCGACUGCUGCACAGCUACAUGAUGGCCUUAAGGACCUGAGGCAGAAAAUGCAGGAGGUGAUGACCCAGGAAGUAUCCGACGUCUUCAGUGACACCACAACGCCAAUCAAAUUGCUGGCCGUGUCUGCGACUGCACCCCCGGAUGCCCCCAACAGAGAGGAGGUUUUUGAGGAGCGUGCGGGGAAUUUUGAGGCCCACGCAGGUCGUCUGGGGGCAACAGCUGAGAAGGCGGCUGCUGUGGGAACAGCCAAUAAGAGCACAGUGGAGGGGAUUCACGCUGCUGUCAAACAUGCCCGUGAACUCACACCACAGGUAACUUCUGCUGCUCGGAUCCUGUUGAAAAAUCCUGGUAGCAGAGCAGCAUACGAGCACUUUGACACCAUGAAGAGCCAGUGGAUCGACAAUGUAGAGAAACUCACAGGUCUGGUUGAUGAGGCCAUAGACACCAAGUCACUGCUCGACGCCUCCGAGGAAGCCAUCAAAAAAGACAUCGACAAGUGCCGAGUUGCCAUGGCGAAUGUUCAGCCCCAAAUGCUUGUUGCCGGGGCGACGAGCAUCGCGCGUCGAGCCAAUCGGGUUCUGCUGGUGGCCAAGAAGGAAGUGGAGAACUCGGAAGAUCCGCGCUUCAGAGACCUGGUGAAACACGCGUCAGACGUCCUGUCCCACACCAUCUCCCCCAUGGUCAUGGACGCCAAGGCAGUGGCUGGCAACAUACAAGAUAAAGCGAUGCAAAAGGCCUAUUUGGACUCCUGUCUGAGGAUCUUGGCUGCUGUGGGAAAGGUCAGAGAGGCCUUCCAACCUCAGGAGCUGGAUUUCCCCCCUCCACCACCUGAUCUAGAUCAGCUACAAGUAAGUGACGAGCAGGCUCCACCCAAGCCUCCCCUGCCAGAAGGCGAGGUGCCGCCCCCUCGACCUCCUCCUCCCGAGGAAAAGGAUGAAGAAUUCCCCGAGCAGAAGGCUGGGGAAGUCGUGAGUGAGCCCAUGAUGGUGGCCGCCAAACAGCUGCACGACGAGGCUCGCAAGUGGUCGAGCAAGGACGCAGUAGAGGUAGAUGAUGAAGAUGAAUUUACUGAUGGUGAGGAUGACUAUGAGCCCGAGCUCCUGCUGAUGCCCUCCAACCAGCCUGUCAAUCAACCCAUGCUGGCGGCUGCCCAGGCGCUUCACCAGGAGGCCCGCAAGUGGUCCAGCAAGGGCAACGACAUCAUCGCAGCCGCCAAGCGCAUGGCUCUGCUGAUGGCUGAGAUGUCCCGGCUGGUCCGCGGCGGCAGCGGCAAUAAGCGAGCGUUGAUCCAAUGUGCCAAGGACAUCGCAAAAGCGUCCGACGAGGUGACAAGACUCGCCAAGGAAGUGGCCAAGCAGUGCACGGACAGACGCAUCAGAACGAACCUGCUGCAGGUGUGUGAGCGCAUCCCCACCAUCAGCACUCAGUUGAAGAUCCUCUCCACUGUGAAAGCAACCAUGUUGGGAAGAACAAACAUUAGUGAAGAGGAGUCCGAGCAGGCCACAGAGAUGCUGGUCCACAAUGCUCAGAACCUAAUGCAGUCCGUGAAGGAGACGGUGAGGGAAGCUGAGGCGGCCUCCAUUAAGAUCCGCACGGAUGCAGGGUUCACCCUCCGUUGGGUGCGUAAGACCCCCUGGUACCAGUGACCCCAGCACUGACUUUGUGAACAGCGACACACACUACAGAGGGUUCAAAAAAAAGUAGCAACAUAGACUUAGAUGGUUCUCCAUCAUCCAUGUUCAUUUAAAGCUCUUCAUGUCCCUUUUUAGGAGGACACGAAGAAGGCAUUUAUAUUAAUAUAUAUUUUUGCUAUGUUGAUUGCUGGUAGCUCAAUAUUUUUUGCAUGAAGAUGUUUUCUAUUUUCUAAAAGGCAACUCGAGAUAUUGUGAUAGGACUUUUCUGUUUAACAGAGGUUUGUUUCUUAAAAAUGAAGUCUUGUGUGUGUGUGUGUGUUUGUGUGUGUGGGUGUGUAUAGAUACACUCAGCUGUGAGAGAUUCUCACCAUCUUUAAAAACGCUCAUGUUUACUUUGACAAUUAACGCUGCUGCUUGAAGAGCUGUGUGUCAAUUUGAAGUUGUGAUCGUCUACAUUUCGCUUAUACUUGAACUAUGAAGUCUUUUGGAUUGGAAGUGUGUGACGAUGAAAUGUGUGACUACAUAAAUGAGGGACUGACUAAGUAAUGAAGUAUUUGCUUAGUUUUGGCUUGUGUGCGUGACAACUCAUGAUUAUUUGUAGGGAUGGGCAUCAUGAUGAAUUUUAAUUGUGUGAAACUUACUGGUAAUUAGCAGUUUUAAUUGAUGCAUAAUGGAGUACAGUAAUUGUUGGCUCAGUGUCAACUAGUUGUCUGUCUAUAGAAGAUCAACAUUAUUUGGUUGCACACGCGUAUGCGAAGUGUAGCUACAUCUAUGUACACAACUCCUCAGCAAAUUCAAUACAGCGCUGGCUUGAAAACAGGUUUUAAGAACAUUCAGAUUAUUUCAACAAAUUUCAAAUUAACAUUUUCCACAUAGCUGAUCAAAUUUCCAUCCCUAUCCAAAUGUGAAGUUUUUAUGGCUGCGUACUGAUUUUAUUUUAUGUUUUAAUUUUGAAGCCAAAUGACGCAUUUACGGUACACCAUUUUAAAACUCGAAAAAUUCAAAGAGCACACUACCAUCAUACUCUUUUUUUUUUGUCUUAUUUCACAUGUAGAACAUUUAUUUUCCUGAACAGUUGAACUGUUUGGGGGUCAUCAUGUAUCUGGAGAGCUGGCGUCACAAGGUAACAAAACUACAUGCAAACCAACACCACUCUUAAGACAUUUUAAGCACUCUUUUCGCUUUCACUUUAUGGUUUAUACCGUGUUUUGUAUGCUUGCUGGGCAAAUGUAACUUUUAAAUGGAGAACCGGUUCACGUGUGUGCAUGAGAACAUAAUAAACACGCAAUUAAAGGGACAUAAUGUAGUGAGCAUGUAGCAGCCGCUUGCUGAGAGCGACAGGGUGUAUGUACAGUACAUCACAGUAUAUAUGUACGUGUCAUGUGUCCCAUGCACCCUGAAUGUAUCCAGAGAGCUUAUGGCCAUGCAAACACAUGCGCUGUUUGUGCCUUGGAAGAAUAAAAAGACUGAUUAUGAAUGACACUUUA